AUUUCUCUUUAAACCCAAACUCCGUUCCUCUAAACCACACACUUAUCUCUCUACUCCAAUCAGUUAUUUAACCGUUUAUUUUCUCUUCUCAAACAGCACAAAAAUGAUCACCUGGGGCGAUCUCUACACCGUCUUAUCCGCGGUGGUUCCGCUCUAUGUAGCCAUGAUCUUGGCCUACGGCUCCGUCCGCUGGUGGAAAAUCUUUAGCCCCGAUCAAUGUUCCGGUAUCAACCGGUUCGUUGCUAUUUUCGCUGUUCCCCUGCUGUCUUUCCAUUUCAUCUCGACCAACAAUCCUUACGAAAUGAAUUUCCGCUUCAUAGCCGCGGAUACCCUUCAGAAGAUCAUAAUGCUGGUCGCGCUUGCUCUCUGGACUAAUUUCACUAAAAACGGCAGCUUAGAAUGGAUGAUUACGAUCUUCUCAUUGUCUACUCUGCCGAACACUCUUGUCAUGGGCAUACCUUUGUUAAUCGCUAUGUACGAUGACUACGCAGGUAGUCUGAUGGUUCAGGUUGUCGUUUUACAGUGUAUUAUUUGGUACACUCUGUUGCUGUUUCUUUUCGAGUACAGAGGUGCUAAAAUGUUGAUUAUGGAGCAAUUUCCUGAAACCGCGGCUUCUAUUGUGUCGUUUAAGGUCGAUUCUGAUGUUGUUUCGCUGGACGGAAGGGAUUUUUUGGAGACUGAUGCGGAGAUUGGUGAUGAUGGGAAGUUACAUGUUACUGUCAGGAAGUCUAAUGCUUCUCGGAGAUCUUUAGGCCCGGGUUCGUUUUCGGCGUUUACGCCUCGGCCUUCGAAUCUUACGGGUGCGGAGAUUUAUAGUUUGAGCUCGUCGCGAAAUCCUACGCCUAGAGGGUCGAAUUUUAAUACUUCAGAUUUUUAUAAUAUGAUGGGUGUUCAAGGUUUUCCUGGUGGUAGAUUGUCAAAUUUUGGUCCUGCUGAUUUGUAUUCGGUUCAAUCUUCUAGAGGCCCGACUCCUAGACCGUCGAAUUUUGAGGAAAAUUGUGCUCCAAUGGCCACGAUUUCCUCUCCUAGAUUCGGGUUUUAUCCGGCUCAGACUGUGCCUACUUCAUAUCCAGCGCCGAAUCCGGAGUUUUCUUCUACUGUGAGUACUAAAACCACCAAGAACCAACCGCAGCCGGAGCAGAAUAACCACUUGCCGCAACCGCAGCCACCGCCGCAGCAGCAGAAUCAAAAUAACAAAGCAAACCAUGAUGCUAAAGAGCUCCACAUGUUUGUAUGGAGCUCCAGUGCUUCUCCGGUAUCUGAUGUCUUCGGCGGGAAUGAUUUCGCGUCGGCUCAGCAAUCGGGCCGGUCCGACCAGGGAGCUAAAGAGAUCAGGAUGUUGGUUUCUGAUCAUCCCCAAAAUGGAGAAACCAAAGCAAUUGCACAUGCUGGAGAUUUUCCUGGGGAGGACUUCAGUUUUGCUGGUAAAGGAGAUGGAGACGAUCAUGAUGACAGAGAAAAAGAUGGACCCACCGGACUUAACAAGCUUGGAUCCAGCUCAACCGCCGAGCUCCACCCAAAAGUCACCGGAGCACCAGAUUCCGGCGUCAACAAACAUAUGCCACCGGCAAGUGUGAUGACCCGUCUGAUACUAAUCAUGGUUUGGCGCAAACUUAUCAGAAACCCAAACACAUACUCCAGUCUCAUUGGUCUGAUUUGGUCUCUAGUUUGUUUCAGGUGGCAUGUGGCUAUGCCUAAAAUAAUAUCACAGUCAAUCUCCAUACUGUCAGAUGCUGGUCUUGGAAUGGCUAUGUUCAGCUUAGGUCUGUUUAUGGCGUUACAACCGAAGAUAAUAGCGUGCGGCAACUCGGUAGCGGCAUUUGCGAUGGCAGUUCGGUUUCUGACUGGUCCUGCUGUGAUGGCUGCAGCUUCGAUUGCAGUUGGUCUGCGUGGUACCCUCCUCCAUAUUGCUAUCGUUCAGGCUGCACUGCCACAAGGAAUUGUUCCAUUUGUGUUUGCCAAAGAAUACAAUGUACACCCAGCAAUUCUAAGCACCGGGGUUAUCUUCGGAAUGUUGAUAGCAUUACCUAUUACACUAGUGUACUACAUCCUUCUUGGAUUGUAAUUAUCUCAUCAAUAGAAUUUUGAUUGGCCGUGAUGAUGACUACAACGACGACGACAAUGUGUCUCCCCAAAUUGACGAGGCUAGAAAAAUAUAUUAGAAAAACUGAUUUUAGAGGAUCGCUACGCGUCGGAAGAGAAGGGGGAGGAUUAUCCGGCAGAAAAGAAGAAAAAUUGUGGAUUUUCUAAGAAAUGUGCCAAAAGGUUCCAAGAUUCUUGGAGCUAAAAAAAUAUUAAUUUUUUUUAGAUUAAUUAGUUAAAUUCCCUGAUAUAAGGAUGAUGCAGCCAUGAGGAGCCAAAGAUAAUUCAAUUUUCUAUAAAAGGAAUUUUGAAAAGAAUAUGCAUUAAGGAGAGACAUGAAAGAGGAAAAGAAGGGGGAGGCAAAAAUAUUUUAUUCUCUUCAUUCACGUUAGUGCAUGUAAAAGUAUUCAUCAAUUAUGCUGCAAAACGACAAUGCAGAAAUGAGUAUUGAAUUAGGAGAACGACAUGAAUAGCAAAAGGGGGGAAAUAGUUUUUUUUUUUUUUUUACUUUUUGUGGUUAUUUUAGGUUUUGUUUGUUAGUGUUGGCUUUUUAUUUAUUUUUCCGUAGAUCCGGCAAUUAUUUGCGUUUGUCGUUUUCAUUUUAGUUUGUAAUUUAUGUAGGAUUUUUAUGAUGAAAAGGAAUGUGAUUUAGUAAUUAAUUGUUGAG